AUGAAUUCCCAUGAAUUCCCGGCGUUUUUUUGGCCACGUCCAGGCAUCAUUUUAGCUGUGGGGAACUUCCUGAAUGGCGGCACCAAUCGGGGCCAAGCCGAUGGCUUUGACAUCGAGUCCCUGGCCAAGCUGGAAGGCAUUAAGGAUGCCACUGGCAAAGACAUCAGGCACUUCAUCUUUGAUCUUUUCCUGAAUCGGAUGAAUGAGCAGUCGUCGCAGUUCAUGGAGGAGAUCAUGCCCUGUAUGGUGAACAUGAAUCGGCGAAUCAGCAAGGACUCAGAUGGGGUAGAAAAGCUGGAUAAGUCCGCCAAAAUCGCCUUUGAGGACUUUGACCUCUGUGUCACGGCGCUGCACUCCGACUUCGUUGCAAAACACGAAAUGAUGCAGAUGAUUUUGUCAUACUUCGAAGAUCCUGCAGAUCCCUUCAAGAUGCAAAUGCCAAAGAUCUAUUCAGAAGCCAAAGAGAAACUUGAUGAGUUGUUGUCCUUGAAAGACACUGCGAAGGAGAUUCUGCAAUCUGUGAAAUCUCAACUUGGGGGAUGCUUGACAUGGCUCAUCCCUAUUCGUGUACUGCAGACGGAAGUCCCCAGAAUUCCUGAGCAGGGACAGUUGCUGAAGUGGUUCAAAAUUCAAGCGAUGAAGAGCAACGAGUUCUGCGUGCUGUGGGACAACCUGUUGAUCCCUGCAAAUUUGAUACUCAAUGCCGACAUGAAGAUGAAGAAGGAGUUUAUGCUGCCGGCCUUCUGUCAGAACAAAGCUGUCUCUUCUGCCAGCCCAGCCAGUGUUGCCAUGUAA